AUGAUGUCCACACGGCCUUCCAAGCGACAGAGAACCCAAGAGAGCCAAUCAGAUAGUGAAGACACCUCAUCAUCACUUGAAGACUUGGCCCCUGCAGCUGAGGGAGAAUCAGAGGCAACAGAGGAGGGCGCUGAGGAAAGCAGUGAGGAGGAUGGUGAGGAAGACGACCAGGAAGAUUUUCGCGUCAAGACGCGCUCAACCCAGUACUGGUUCAAGGACGGGAACAUUGUGCUCGAGGCUGGCCGAAAGCACUACCGCGUCCAUCGUUCUGUUCUCUCUCGCUCUUCCGCUGUCUUUGCCAACAUUUUCUCGCGCCCUCUACCUCAAGCUCCGUUGGACGAGCCAAUAGAUGGCUGUCUUAUCCUGCGCUUGGACGACUCGUCUGAGGAUAUAGAGACACUGCUGGACCUGCUCUAUGACUCGACAAAGACGAGCAUUUUCAAGCAGGAAACCUCACUAGCUAUCCUUGGCACCAUACUCCAUCUCGGGAGGAAGUAUUACUUCAACACGUUCUGGGACCAAGCUAUGCUCUUUCUGGAGCGCAUAUAUUCACCUUCGCUCGUUGACUGGAAUGGAGCCAAGCGCCCUAUCUACGAAAAACUCGCAGACGAUAAAGAAGAUGUCGUCUUCGGCAUCCUCUCGUUCGCUCACGAGUAUCGCCUCAAGUCGAUACUUCCUGCCGUCUACCUUGCUAUGUUUCUGGAGUACGACUUGAAAAAGAUAAAGCAGUGCUUCAAGGAACGAAAAGACACCAUGACGCUGCGCGUUGAUGAACCCGCCAAUUGCCUCAUGGCACGCGAGAUGAUUUACAACGCGAUGGCCGAAUUCCCUCUUUCUUGGCUUCAUCGAGGCACCGUCCCUACCGUCAAAUGCGAACGGCGCGAGCACUGCACAACUAGAAAGCACACCACGCUCAUGAGAGCGAUGAGGCGGAAUGUUCAAGACACAAUCGCGCUCCUUGUCACGGGCUGGGACAAGACCAAACUCGGAGAGGGACUGUGUGCAAAUUGCACGGUUGUUGCGAAACGUGGGUACGACAAUGGAAGAGCCAAAGUCUGGGAUUUGCUUCCCGAAAAUUUCGGUCUGAACGAUGCCCCCUAUUUUUGUCCAUGGUGGGCCGUUAUAAUCAACACCUAUUCUUUGCCCAACCGCAUGUCUGAACCCGCGCUAAAACGUCGUAGAGUCAUGUCUGGCGAAUCAGACACGUCCACAAAUGCGCAACGGCCGAUAACACGCUCUGAAGACUUUUGGCUAGAAGAUGGAAGUGUCGUUCUUCAAGCAGAGGACAUGCAGUUUCGCAUUCAUCGAUCAAUGUUAGCGUGUCAAUCGACUAUUUUCAAGGAUAUGUCUGCGAUACCCCAGCCAGAAGACCCACAGGAGCCGAUGGUCAAAGGAUGUCCAAUUAUUGCGCUUUCUGACACAGCAGACGACGUGAAACAUGUCCUUGCCAUCUUCUAUGACAACAUGAAUGCCUUAAAUCUUGCUGAAGAUUUACCAAUGAAGCAACUUGCUGCGAUGCUGCGUUUAGGGAAGAAAUAUGAUAUUGGCUACCUCCAGAAUGAAGCGUUGAGGAGGCUGCAUCACUUCUUUCCCGCAACAAUUGAGGAUUGGGACAACUCUUUCAGUUCGGAACCUUCCCUUAAAUUCGGUUCCAUUCGUCGUGAGGAGGCCAUUGAAUCUGCCAUCUCGCUAGGAAGUACACUUGGGGUACCGAGCAUCCUUCCGUCUGUGUAUUUGUUCUAUAUGUCGCGAGUCCCCCUGGAACACAUAGUUAGCAGCAACAAGAGUACCCUCCCUGAAGAAUUGCGUGUGCACUGUGUUCUAGGAAGGGACAUGCUAAUCCGUCAGGCUCACUCCAUCCUAAAACGAUGGGCCAAAUUUCCAACAUUCAUGCCUGAUACAGAGUGCUUGAGCAAUGGCGUGUUUUGUGGCGAUAAAGGACCUGUCCUUGAUGCUAUUGAAGAGGCACUGUGGCCACAGGGUGACGGGGCUGUUUGGGAUUUGCAACCAGGCAUCCCAGAACCUGCAUGUGCUGUGUUGGACGAUCUUUGCGAGCCAUGCAUGUCGAGUGUCAAAGCAUGCUAUAACGAUGCUUGUGAGGAGAUUUGGGAAAAGCUCCCUAGCUUCUUUGGCCUUCCAGAGUGGGAGCAUCUCAAGGACUUCAACAUUUAG